GGCUCGAGGUCUGAUUUGUGAAGCUUCUCGCGCGCAGCUCCAGUUACGAGCUUUCACCAAAUACCAGCAUCCAUCUAGGCACCUUGCGAAUCAGCAAGAUGAGUGGAUUCGUGAAUGAGGGCGCGGCCGCGAUCACUCCAGUGACCGGCUCGCCCUCGACUUUCAAGCGCGGCCUCUUCGGCGAGCCCGCGCGCGGCACCCCGGACAUGAAGCCGAGGGCCGACACGCCGAUGUCGCAGGCGACCACGGCCCCGAACACGCCCAUGUGCACGCCCGCGGGCGUCUUCAUGGCCGGCACGUUCAGCCUGGACGGCGACCACGACGACGAGGAGUGGGCUGCGAUGUUCUCCAAGACGUCCUCGCGCAGCACCCUGUCGGGCUCCCAUACGCUCGCCUCCGAGCACGUUGAGACCUCGCUGGUCUUCAGCCGCCAGACCUCGCCCGGGACGCGCU